UGGGAUCAUUGAUUAUCGAUCCACGGACCAACAAGACUGUGUUCACAUUCUUCUCGGAGUUUGGCGUGGAAUGGGCAGGUCAAGCUGCAAUCGAGGCUUUGGUUCUGGGUGUAAUUAUGGUGUUGGCAUUCAUCGGAAACGGAAUGGUGAUGCUGGCAAUAUAUAGGAAUCCAAAGAUGAGGAAAACCACCAACUACUUUAUCGGUAACCUUGCUCUAGCCGACCUUUUGUUUGCUACGUGGAUUCCGUUCAUUAUGGCUACACGCGUCACCCACAGGUGGGUGUUUGGAAAUGUCGUCUGCAAGCUGGUCACUUAUGUCCAGUUCGUGUCCGGAAUAUCCUCAAUAUUGACCUUAAUGAUGAUCAGCAUUGAACGUUUCUUCAGCAUUUGUUUACUGUCAAGUAAAAAGAUGACCAAAGAAAUUGCAUGCUUUGUGAUACUGGCCAUUUGGGUGCUCUCGUCAAGUUUUCCCAUACCCAUAGCCUGGGCACAAUUGGAACGCGAGAUAGUCUGGGAUAACGUCACUCUGACUUACUGUGGUAUUAUGUGGCCAGAACAUUUCCAUAUUGACGUCUAUUUGUCAUUCAUGGUCACUUUUUUCUUUGUCGCCCCUCUUAUGAUUAUUAUCAUAAACUAUUAUAAGAUUUUCAACUUCGUGCGAGGGUCUUUGCGACGCACCGGACGUCUCACCAGAUCAGAAAUGAGAACGAGGAGGAAACUCAAGCUCACAAAAAUGUUUGUCGCGAUUGUAGUGUCUUUUGUAAUAAUGUGGUCGCCAUUUUUUGUUGUCAGUUUCCUUGCAGUGUAUUUAAAUUCCAUUACAUCGACACAGUUCACCAUCACGAUCAUCAUAGCUUUAGCAAAUACGGGUCAGAAUCCAAUUAUAUAUGGAUUCUUCAACAAAGCAUUCCGAAAGGAAUUUAAAAGUAUCUUUCAUUGCGACGACGUACUAAAACCUGCUGAAAUUACUGAAGUGAGCAAGAAGUAUGUCGCCACGAGCGAAACAUCAAAAUACAUUGGUACUGGUACUGGCGCAGAGGGUUCUGCCGGCACGAGUCAGACAGUGUGACAUGUAAUUAACAUCACAAUACAUUCACUUUUUAUUGUAAUUAAUUUAUCAAUUUCACGUGUUCUUUCCUCUGGUACCGCAUGGAGCCAGGACAUUGACUUCAGUGCUAACAAUGAUUGGUAUACGUGAAAUGAUGUGUAUACAUCUAAUGAUCACACAAACUCAAGUCGUACAGUGAGUCUUUAUUUUCUUCUGAUGUGUGGACGAAUGAGAGGAACAAAAAUGUCUUUUUUUCAUUUUCGUGAACGGAAACUACUGGAUCCUGAAACCACAUCACAGGAUAUUUGUUCUGACCAAUCAUCAACGCCGCUCAAUGUGACGUCAAAAUGUCAUCUCGAAGUCUACGGUGUCAUAUCUGCUGUUGUCCUCUUUCUGAUGUCGCCAUGGGUGGAACACAUGACUGCAAUGUAAUUAUAUAAAAUGAUACAAUUACAUGUUUAACAUAUUUCUGUUUUCAAGUUUUAAUACCAGGAACUUAAGCCAAAUUAUUGCGAGUAUGCCAGGCGAUGUCUUAUCGAAAGGGACAGUUCACUCAUCCCUAAAUAUUUUAACAUAGUAUGAACAGACAUCGUCUGCACAAAAUUAUACCAAUGUAUGACGGAUCAUAUGAAAUACAUAUCGACGUACUGUAUCGAUACAGUAGGCGUCAACUUAUGGAUUGCAAACACAAAUAUAUCAUCUGGACUAUUCGCCUGUAGAGAGAUAACGGACUGCACCCAAUGUGUCUGGUAGGCGAUGACGGAACCUAUUCUGAGAAAUUAAUCCUUUUUUCAUGUGUAUACAAAAGUCAUGCACGAAAUACAUAAUGCUUACCGUACAUGCUCUUGUAAGGAUCGAUUUGACACACCAUCUUGUUUUGUUAGUUAGAUUUAUGUUCUUCUGUUUUACAUAUCUCUAAGUUUACCAUAAGUUUUGGUGAUUUUCUCUUACAAGGACACGUACUAGUACAUGUGUGGAGGUGACUGUUCCUCUGAUUUAGCCCCUGGUUACUUGAGGCACGUUUCCUUGACCAUUGGAAAGGUGGUCGCAUGACCUUCAGAUGAUGUUGCGGUUGUUCAACUAUAAUUAUGUCUUGGAACUUCCUGGAACAGCUUUUUCAAAUUUCUAUUUUAUCAAUUUCCAUAUGAUUGUAUUGCUUAACAAAGAACGACAGGUUCACCAUUUGUCGGUUUGCUUUUUUUUACCCAAACGCAUCCUAAUAAAGCAGCCCUUAAAAUUGACCACGCAUCUUUUCUAGAAAUGAGAUUGGCUGAAUGAUUGAGGCUCAACUACGUUGCUAUCAUUAUUACAGGCGUUUUCAUAAGGACUAAUACGGUAUUGCCGUAAGUUAUAAUAAUAAUAAUAAUAAACUUUAUUUAUGGAGGAUAAAAACCUUUUAAGCAGAGCUAAUCUUCCACAGGGUUCUCCGUUAGUAAUAGGUUUAGUUUAAACCUGAUAUUACAGUAAACAAAUUAACAUUCAAAUUAUUAUCACAGUUAGCAUAGGCAUAACAGUAGUUGAGCUUAUUGAAUUACCGUAAUAAGACUAAAUAUAUAUACAAUCAAAGGAUCAUUUUCACUUUUCAUUAAAAUUAUCACAGAAGCAAAGAUACACUAUUCUAAGCUUAACCAAUAUGCUUUUCAGUAAAAGACCAAAUGUCUUAAUUACAUACAUACUAAUGUAGCAAAAACUAAAAACUGACAGCAUACACGCUAAUAUAGCGUAACUAUAACCAUCAAAAAGCUAUAUUGAAAGGUUUCUUUGAUAUCAAAAUAAAAAAAAAAUCAAACUGUAUUCCUAGUGUUUCCAAUCAUAUUUUGUUUGAAUUUAGGAAGGGAAGGAUGAAAGUAGUGUUUCUACUGGUAAGCUGUUCCAAAUUUGGCUCCCUUCCACCACAAACUGUUUUGAAUAUACAGAAGUACGAUGUUUAGAGGGAAAUGGCGUGUUUAUACCAUACAUACUAAACUAAGUAUUUGUGUAGGAAUGUUUUGUGCAAUAGAAUUUCAUUUUUUAUAAAAUCUCUUUAUAUAUCGAGUCUAUAAAAUUGCAUCGACUGUUAAAUACUGACUUUGACGACCACUAUAAGCUCCACAAGGUGAUCGGAGUAAUGUGUUAUAUGUGUUUACAAUGUAAAUAAGCGUACUUAAUGCCACAUAUUUUCAA